GCGGCAGGAGCCCCCAGCCGCCAGCCCUCCAAGAUGAGUGUGGAAAUCGCGCCCAACUACUCGUACGUGUUCGACUUCGAGAAUGACUUCGUCCACCAGGAGACCAGGCGCUGGAUGGUCAAGAACUGGACGUGGGUCUUCUACUACUGCGGCAUUUACAUGCUCGUCAUUUUCGGCGGCCAGCACCUCAUGCAGAACCGACCCAGAUUUGAGCUCCGCGGUCUUCUCAUAUUCUGGAAUACAGCGCUGGCAAUGUUCAGUAUAAUGGGAGCAUGUCGGACGGCGCCUGAACUGAUACAUGUGUUAAGGCAUUAUGGGUUAUUCCAUUCUGUUUGCGUUCCUAGUUUCAUCGAGAAUGAUCGUGUUAGCGGCUUUUGGACGUGGCUUUUUGUCCUCUCCAAGCUUCCUGAAUUGGGUGAUACACUAUUCAUAGUGCUCCGUAAACAGCCGCUCAUCUUCCUCCAUUGGUACCAUCACAUCACCGUUCUGAUCUACUCAUGGUUCUCCUACACCGAAUACACUGCAUCUGCACGUUGGUUCAUUGUAAUGAACUACUGUGUCCAUUCCGUGAUGUAUUCAUACUACGCACUGAAGGCUGCUCGCUUCAAUCCACCACGUUUUAUUCCAAUGAUCAUCACAUCAUUGCAAUUGACACAAAUGAUUGUUGGCUGUGCUAUAAAUAUAUGGGCGCAUGGUUUUCUGAAAAAUGUCGGACAUUCCUCGUGUAAUAUUUCACCAAUGAAUAUCAAAUUAUCAAUUGCCAUGUACUUCAGUUACUUCGUAUUGUUUGCAAGAUUCUUCCACAAGACAUAUUUGUCAACGAACGCUCGUAAGGGUAAACGUGUUGCAACGAAAACAUCAACGACAUCAUCAGAUAUCUCAUCAAAAUUGAGCGCAUCCGCUGAACAAUAUGCACAAAAUCCCAAAGUCAAAGCGCAAUAAGUUAUUAAAGUAAUAACAUUUCAAAUUUUCAAAAAAAAGGAAAGUUUUAAAAUAGUUUAUAAUAAAAUGAAUAAGUAAUGUAAAGAUUGGGGAUGGAAUGACAAUAAGGAUCAAAGGUGUUCAUUUCAUAUGUGGCAAUUCAGUGUCGUCAUACAUUAUGUUAUCCUUUCAAAAAGUUUUGCUGCGAGAUCUUCCAUUUUUUGUGUAUGUUUGUGAACACAAAAAUAAGUAGAUUAGCUCUGCGACUUAUUGGUUUUUCUUUUCAGAGCUUUAAACUUUAAGCCACCAUUGCCUCUUAUUGUCAUGCCCUCUUCAAUCUCUAAAACAGAAAGGCUAAACCAUUAACGCUGAAACACUUUCCCUGUUAUUUUCUACGUGCAUAUAUUAUAAUCAAAGCUGUUAAGUAUUUUUGAAGAAUUUUCAGAAUAAAAGGUUAGGAGAAUAACAAAACAUUGAAAACGUUAAAAAGAAAAAGCAGCCAAAAAAGCACAGUCCUUUCACAUUCUGUGUGCGGGAGAACAACUAGAUUUCAGAAAACCUUGCGAAUUGCUAUCUAAUCAAAGUAACUGAGUAAUAUAAGUUAGGGUUUUUAAUAUAUAAAUUAUUUAUAGAUAUGAUGAUUAAGUGUGAAAAAAAUAAAUUUGUUUCACUUCUGAACCGACAUUCGGAAUGGAAUUUAGAUGGGAUUCAACGUUGACUAUGUCCUUUGAAUCGAUUGCUUGCAAAAUAUUCAAUAUAGAAAGGGGAGACUGAUUUGAAAAUUGAAAAUGUAGCUUUUGUUUUCAUGUUUAGAAGAAAGAUUAGAUUUUGGAAGUUACAUUAAGAGCACAUCCGGAUUUGAAGCCUCCGAUCCAUAUUCCUAGAAUUGCCUUUAUUUGUUUAAAAGAAGGUGUAGUUGGCGUUGAAAGUGGAUUCCAUUAAUUUUUCAAUUAGGAUCCCAUCUCGAAGCAAGAAAUUUCCGUUAUUUAAGUAUAUUGAAAUACCAAAGCGGGAACUGAAUGAUAAUGUUUCUCAAUUUUUUUAACCAUUUUUUAUUAUGAAAUGUUACCAUCUAAAAGAAAGUACAUUGUUCGAUAUGAAUUGUCAAAAUGUACACUAAGAAAAUUCUUUUGCUAAAAUU